AUGUUCAUAGGUGACUCCACUAACCGGGGGAUGAUGUACUUCCUGAUGGAGCGGGUCAACUCUAGUCUGGAGGACUGGGGCAAGGCCCACGACAGCCUGGUCUAUCGCAACGUCAACCAGGGACACACACAGGUCUCCUACUCCUACUACCCCCAGUUCUGGCUGGAGCAGAGCCACAAACCCACCUUCCAGAGGACCCUGGAGCAGCUCAUACUGAGGUGAAGGAGAGGGGGAGUCUGGGUGGGUGGAUGGGUGAGGGCGCCCCUGCUGCACUACAGUAUGUCCUGUAAUCACUGCAAUCUACUCAUCAGCUGUUAGAUUGGCAUCAAGAAAGCAUAUCUCUGCAGAAGCCAUUUUGGCUCCUAGCUCCCAUAGACACUCGAAGCCCUGUCCCCCCAUAUGGAGAGGAAGCCUUAAUCAGUUUCCAUGAUCAACGUGCCGGGGACUGUGUUUAAGAGUCAUGUGUUAGGAGUCGUGUCACAGUGUAAUUUAACACAGCAGGUCUCCCAACCACGUCUCUCUCUCUGGGAUCGCACUUUGCUUUGGAUGUGGCUACUGAAGGAUAUGCUGAGCAGGUGGUGUGUGUGUGUGUGUGUGUGUGUGUGUGUGUGUGUGUGUGUGUGUGUGUGUGUGUGUGUGUGUGUGUGUGUGUCAGCAGUAGCGCCUUAGAACAAUUGUCAGCAUGUGUGCAUAUGCCUGUUCAAUAGAUAUAGUCCUACUGCUGAGCUGAUGUCUUUUUGACCUUUGAUCCCCUCCGAAGGUCGCAACCCCUGGAGAACUCCCGUCAGACUGUGCUGGUGGCAGGAGGUGUCCAGUGGCUCAACACCAACCAUCUGAGGAUCAUGAGAGAGGUGCUGGAGAGGUAAACCCACUGAUGCAUACACUCUGUGGCAAACGCCCUUCCUGACAUCGUUCAGGAAUUAGCAACUGCUUAAUUAAAUCUAUUCACUGGCCAAGAAUAGACCUAAUUUAGAGAUGCAGCUUACCCAUCUCUCUCCUCCAGGGAAGGGCUACAGAAUAUCAUGGUGGUGGUGAAGUCUCUGGGCAUGGGCUUCCAUCUCCCUGUGGACGGCAUCCGCUCUCUCUCACUGGUGGGUCCAUCCUCCUGUUUGUGUGCAUUCAGUUUCACUCUUUUCAUGGUGUCUCCUCCUCAACUCUUUUCUCUGUUUGACUGUUCUGUUUCUCUCUCUGAAUCUCUCUCUCUCGAUCACUUUCUCUCACUCUCUCUCUUUUCUUUUCUCUCACUCUCUCUCUCUCACUCUCUCUCUCUUUUUUCUGUCUUCCUCUGUCUUCCUCUCUCUCUCUCUCUUCCCCCUCAGCUUCUCUCUUCACUCUAAUUAUUUUUCCAUGCUGUUCAUUUGACUGUUUAUCUGUUAAAGUUUUUAAAAGCCAGUGCUUAGGCACCUGGUGGAUAGCCCUCUGACCGUGCCGUGUGUAUUUAUCUAAAACAUUAUUGGCUAAUAUUCCAUGGCUUCCAACAUGCUGACUGAUCCAACAUCAGCAAUGGCACCCGUUCAACAGCAAUAGAACUAAUUCAAUUCAACGGUCAGUUAUACUUCAGACGUGUUGCAAUAGGGGCAUCAGAGAACUGUACAAAUGUUAUGGCUACGAUAUGGCUCCCACUGUGAAUGUUUUAAGAUGGUUUUUCCUUGUGUUGAUUAGUGAUUACGUCUUUGUUGUCUUACUUUAACUUGCCCAGAGAGGAGUACAGGAGCUGUACAGAGAGAACAGCAACAUCCUCACCGCCGCAAAGCACUAUGGGUAUGAGGUCAUAGACACAUUCAGCAUCACCAUGGGCCGCUACAAAGAGUUCCUGCAGGGACGGUGCGCCUGCCAUUUUCAUGAGGUAACCCCCCCACCCGCCUUCACCCUCAUCUAAAAAACGACAGUAGCCCAAGUUCUCGCCUCACCCUUAUUGAAACAGUGUGUAUCACCUUGAACAUCCUAAUUCAGCAUGUUUGUUUUGUUCAUCAUAGUUUAUAUUCAUUCUCAGUAUUUGGUUAACCUCCCAGUCAGUUAUCCAAAUCACAGCACAAUGUUAUCAACACUAUAACACAGGCAUUGCAUGUCUCUCUGGAUACAGUAAUUGAUACCAAUUGUAACUAAUGGUUUGUCUAAAUCUCAGUGGCCAGGGAACAUAGCUAGAUCCACAGCAAGCUCUUUCCCCAAGGACUCCCUCUCUCUCUCCGACUGUAAUUUCUGAAAUAACUUGCUAUUUCUGUUCGCACACACUCCGACUUGAGGGAAUCGUUGGGCUUAAAUAAUCCUGGGCUUUAAACCUACGGAGGAUCCAAAUACCGAGCAGCCAUUUUCUGGGCCUAGAGGAAAUCGGUUCUUAUGCCCUCUUGAUUGAACAAUCACCUUCCAUGUCAGGGAGCUUUCUAGAAGGAAAUCCUGCUGUACCAUACAGACACACACACAGUGGUGUAAAGUAUUUAAGUAAAAAUAAUUUUAAGUACUACUUAAGUAGUUUUUUGGGGUAUCUGUACUUUACUUUACUAUUUAUCUUUUUGACAACUUUUACUUUUACUCCACUACAUUCCUAAAGAAAAUAAUGUACUUUUUACUCCAUACAUUUUCCCUGACGCCUAAAAGUACUCCUUACAUUUAGAAUGCUCAAGCAGGACAGAAUUAUGGCACCUAUCAAUAUAACGCUUUGUCAUCCCUACAGCCUCUGAUCUGGCGGACUCACGAAAUACAAAUACUGUGUUUGUAAAUGAUGUCUGAGUGUUGGAGUGUGCCCCUGUCUGUCCGUAAUUAAAAAUAAUAUGAAAAUAGUGCCAUCUGGUUUGCUUAAUAUAAGGAAUUUGAUGUAUAGCUUUUACUUUUACUUUGUACUUUUAUUCAAGUAUGACAUUUGAGUACUUUUUCUACCACUGCACACACACACACACACACACACACACUCCCCUCUCCCCCUUCUGCAGCUCCCUGUAAAAAGAACAGUCACUUGUUUUAAUUCAGCUAUAAAAUUGGCCCCUGGAUCGGUUAAUCCGUAAUUAGCAGUUAGGCCGGGUUUUAUUGGGCCGUAAAGCCCCACGUUGAUAGCAGCUGGGCCCCAACACGUGUGUGAAGUGGUUUUCAGCAUACGUACAAGGGCAUGUGCACCGCCUCCAUAUCCCCGCCCUCCCCUCCCAGUUCAUAUUGGUCUUAAGUGACAACAGGAUUUCCCAUAGGGAAGCCAGAAGGGUGUAUGGGACCCAUGAAUUAAGUAAUGCCUAACCCAAGCCCCUGAGGGGAUGGAAAGGGUUUCUAUUAUGUCAGGAUUUAGGUCAGGCUUGGAUUGUUCCAGCGUGGUUUAUAAUAGAGUUAGAGGAACCCCAGACUGUGACCAUGGGUUUCCACUCUGUUCUGUUCUGUGAAACCCCAGGCAACAUUAGCUAGCCUCCGGUAUUAGAAGCUCUGGCCAUGGUCUAGUUAGUUAGUUACAGUAUAAUAUAAGUAUGUAGAUGUUGUGUUAGAGGUGAGGUGUUGAUGUGGUUCUCCUCGCUGUGUUCCUUGAAGGUGGAGAAGCUGUCGUUCUCCAAGGCUCCCCUGCACAGGAAGAUGAAGCUCCUUCGACACGGCGAGGAACCUGGAACCGGAACCAGUGGAACUGGAACUGGGUUCAGUGAUCAGCCCACCCUGCAGCACCAGGACCAGUGGGCGGGGUCUAACUCCUCCACCUAUCACGUGAGAGGAGCAGUGAACCAGGUGUACUCGCAGAUCCUGCUGAGUAGACUGUGUGUGAGAGACACGGGAAACUAG